CUCAACAGUUAGUUGUUUACUAUCGAGUUUAAGUUGUUUGCCAGGCGACCGGUUCUGUUGUUUGUGUAUUACUCGUUUCAUUUAAGAAUUUUUUCUGUUAUAGUUUUAACAUUAUUUUUAUUUGUGAAUAUACAAAUUUUUUAGUCAAUAUCACUCAAAAUGGGUUUUGGAACGUCCACCAUAAAGUAUAUACUAUUUUUCAUCAAUUUUGUAUUUGCGCUUUGUGGAUUAGCUCUUGCUGGUUUUGGAUUACUGACAAAAUACAUAGUGUCAAAAUCCGAUGAAUUGGCUGAUAAAGUGUCUGGUGAUACUGCCGCACUUAUCGCCUUGGCGAUGAUAAUUAUUGGAGGUGCGGUAUUCAUCGUUUCGUUUUUUGGAUGUUGUGGAGCCAUAAGAGAGAGCCAUUGUAUGAUCACAAUUUACGCAAUGUUCCUAUUAGCCAUAUUCUUAAUUCAAGUGAGCUUAGGAGUUUAUGCUUACCUCCAUCAAGAGCAAAUAGAAGUGUACACCAGAAAAGGAUUGACUUCAUAUUUCGAUAACUAUAAUAAGAGCAAUUCUACUCAGACCAUAGUCGAUCAGUUACAACACGAACUUCACUGCUGUGGCGUUGAUAAUAUUGACUACUGGACAGCAGAAAAAAACCCUGGUGGUCUACCUCAUUCUUGUUGUAGAGAAGAUCAAGGUUAUGGUACUGUUUGCACUAAGACUGAAGCUUGGCAAGAAGGAUGUCUGCCAAUAGCUUCACAAAAACUUAAAAAAGAAUCCUGGUCUUUCAUUAAAGUAGUGUUGGCAAUUGCUGGAGGAGAGCUAAUUGGUAUCAUAUUUGCAUUAUGUUUGGCAAGCAGCAUUAGAAAUGAAGAGCGCAGGCAAGGAUACGCCUAAAUCUUCAACGUUUCAUCAAAACAUAAAAAUAUAACUGUUUAAUAAGUUCUAAAAAUUGUCUAAAUAAGAAGAAAUUAUGAGUAUGCAGUUUCCAAUUGGUUUUUUACACACUAUGUUUACAGCGAGUUUUCUAAAAAUACGUCACUAGUAUUAUCAAUAUUAAAUGUUUGUAUGUUAAUAAUGAGUAAUUUAUACUCAUAAAUUUUUUAAUAAAUUUACGUAACUUCUGACAUAUAAACAAAUUGUAGAAUGUUACGUUGGUAUUACUAAAUUUAAUACCACACUAAAUUAUUAAUGUUAAAUUUUUAUAUAUUUUUAUUAAUUAUUGCUGUACAAAGCACUAAAAUAGGCUUAGAAUAUUUUGUUUAAUUAUUUAAUAAUGCGUUUUGUCAACUCUUAAAAUUAGUUUUAAAUUCACUUUUGUGUAAAUUGCAUAGUAUUUAUGAAACACUAAAAUUAGUAUUAGUUCUGAUGAUAUUAUCGUUAUAAUUUAAAAUAAGCUAAGUAGUUUUAUAGUGUUGAAACUUUAGGACAUUGUAUAUUUUACUACUAUUUAUCAAUACGAUAUGAAUCUAAUACUUUAUGUUUCUUUGAUAAGUAAAUUUAUUUUUAAAAGAUCUA